AUGGCAACUCCAGUCUUCCACUUCUACAAACCCGAGACAAGAGUCAAUACCUUCAUCAGACUCAUCCAGGACAGCGAGGCUCAGCUACUCUACGGAAGUGGACCAGAAAUGAUGCCCAUCUUCAACAGCGAAAGGAAAAUCCUCAUUGACACACUAGUGGAUGGUGGCCCCAGAGGCCUCGUGUCAUUUGGUAAUGAUGCUGAUACAGGAGCUGGACGUUAUCUCACCACCGAAGCUACAGCAAGAGAUGUUCGACAAACCGACGCCUACGAUUUCAAGGCUAAGAUCACCUCAAUUUUCUAG